CCAAAGCAUAAACAAAUUAUCACUCGCUCGUCAAGUCGUUGUCAAAUGUAGUGUAGAUUAAACGUAUCCAGUGAAUUACUACAUUUUAUGGUGAAGGUCGGUGUUGAAUUCAUCACAAAAUGAAAGACGCCGAUUUUGCUGAAUUCUUACAGUCGAAUCAAAUCGAUGGCUUGCUUAGCUUCUUGUACAGUAUCGAAUGGAGAGACCCUUGGAUAAUAGGUUUAGUAUUUUUCCAUUUAACGAUAUUUCUCACAGCAAUCCGUACGAGACGGCACGGGACGUUCCAAGCUCUUCUGUUUUUCGUUCUAUUGUUAUUAGUUUAUUUCUCUGAAAGUAUCAACAAAUUGGCCUCUACGAAUUGGAGGAUUUUUUCCAGGCAACAGUAUUUUGACAGUAAUGGCCUGUUUAUAUCAAUAGUUUUUUCGAUGCCUAUCCUCCUCAAUUGUAUGAUGAUGGUGGGAACAUGGCUUUACCACUCUACGGAACUUAUGACGUCACUUAAAGUAGCACAGAUGAAGGAUAGACUGAAGAAGCAGCAGCUGGAAGAGCAGCAUCGAGAGAAAUUGAAAAGUAAAUGAUCUGCAGUGCAAUCGCGAUAUCCAAUUAAUUUUUUUAUUUCCAUUUCAUGACAUAGUGUGUUUUUGUUAUCGUCCUGCUUUUAGAAUUUUCAUUUACCAACACUGUUAUUUCCAGUUUUGAUGUGUACGAAGCUUAUUUCAGCUUUCUAGUCAGUAUGCAAUUGGAGAUUUUUUACGAAUAUUAGAUUAUACACGAAUAUUAUAUUUGAUGAGACUGAGAAAUUGUUGGUGAUUUGUGAGAAUAUGAUGAUGUCAUUCUGUACAUAUAUACUUUGAAAGAGAUGAGUGCCUACAGGAGAAUUAAAGAUUUUUGUCGA